AUGAAGUUGACUCGGGGCACCAGCUGUGUGCUUUGCCAGCAGCGCAAGGUCCGCUGCGACAAAAACAAACCCUGUGCCAACUGCGUCAAGGCCGGCGUCGAUUGCAAGAUCAUACCUCCCGCCCCGCCCCGUCGUCGCAAGAAGCGCCUGCAGGAGAGAGACCUGGUCGACCGGCUCAAAAAGUAUGAAAGCCUCCUCAGCGAGCACGGCGUCAAAUUCGACGCCAUUGGCCACGACCUCAGGAGCGAUGGCCCGCAUAUGGACGACGUUGAGGAGCUCGAGAAUGACUUUGAAGGCCUCAAGACAUCGCCAGAGGCCAGCGCGUCUCCCUCGGCGGCCUCUCAAAAUGAAAAACCUCGCGGCUCUUGGUUCUCUUUACACAAGGAAUUCCGCGCGAGCGAGCAAUUGCUCCACGACUCGUCCGAGGACGACAUUGACGGCUCAACCAUCCAUCGCGCCUUUGACAAGAUGUUUGGCGAGCAAGACGGCUUCCCCUUCGUCAUCGGGGGCCGAGCAGAGUCCGUCACCGGUGCUCAUCCCUCCACUAUCCAUAUCCUUCAGCUGUGGCAGAUAUACAUUGAUAAUAUCAAUCCUCUCCUCAAGAUCACCCACGUGCCGACGAUGCAGGGCCAGAUCAUCGAGGCUACAUCGAGGCUGGACAGGGCGCCCAAGAACGUUGAGUCGCUCAUGUUUGCCAUCUACGUCAUGGCCAUCACGUCUUUGGAAGAGGCCGUCGUCGAAAAGAUGUUUGGUGAACCGAAAAAGGAAUUGCUGGGCCGCUACUUUGCGGCGCUGCAGCAGGCUCUGCUCAACGCCGGUUUUAUGCGUAACACCGACUUUAUUUGUCUACAGGCCUACGUGCUCUACCUGUACGCCGUGAGGUGGUUCGUCGACCCUCGCCAGGUGUUCUGCCUCAUCGGCAUGGCGGUCCGGAUGGCACACCGGAUGGGUCUGCACCGCGAUCCGGGUGCCUUUGGACUGCCUCCCUUUGAAAUUGAGCAACGCCGCCGGCUCUGGUGGACAAUAGUCGGAUACGACCGCCGAAUAGGAGAAAUGACUGGCUCCACUGUCACGGCCCUCUCCAGCGGCGGCGACUGCAAGAUACCACUCAAUGUCAACGACUCGGAUCUGCAUGUGGACGGCAAGGACAUGCCGACGCCGCACAGCGGGCCGACAGAGAUGCUCUUCGCCCUGACCCGCAUCGAGAUUGCCAUGGCCGUCUCGAGCAACAGCAACCGAGACAGCUUCAAGAUGAACAACCCCGAAAAGGCCAGCCCGGUCCCGCAAGGCACGCCGUCCAAGCCCCCUGUCCCGACCAUCCGCAUUGCCGGCCAGGAUUCUCCAUCCUACACCCUCGAUGGCUACUGUGCGCAUAUAGAAGGCACAUAUCUUACCCAGUGUGACCCCAAGAUCCCGCUUCACUUCUUCACCUUGACCAUGACGCGGCAAAACCUGUGCAAGAUGCGUGUCAUUGGCUUCCUCGUCCGCAUGCACAACGCCGAGGCGAUGCCUCUCAAAGAAAUCGAGCGCGAUAGUCUGUCCUUGCAAGCUACGCAGAUGAUUGAGUAUGAUAACGUGGUCCAAUCGUCCGAGAGCUUGCAGCCGUUUAGAUGGUACGCAAUGCACCACUUCCCGUUCCCGGCAUACAUGUUCCUCGUGCAGGAGCUUCGGAACCGCGUAUCGGGGCCCCUGGUCGAACGUGCCUGGGAUGCCAUUGCCGCCAACUACAAUCUCCGAGGCCUGCUCAGCAAUCUGCACAGCCCCAUGCACACCGCGUUCGGGAACCUGUUUCUCAAGGCGUGGGACGCCCACGAGGCAUCUCAGCUCAGCAAUGGCAGGCAGGUCACCCAGCCACGAUUCAUCACCAUUCUCCGCGAGCGCGCGGAAAAGCGUCGCCAGGCACGAGCAGAGAAUCGCCACGACCCAAGCCUGGAGCAGGCACCCGUUGACUUUCCGCGCUCGCAGGGGCUCGGCCUGACCCCAGCCGACUCCGAAUCUGCCACAUCGAUGAUGACCCCUCCCUCUGUUGACCAUUCCAUGAUGGGUGCAGGCAUGGCCCCACCUACGGCGCCGGACGCCGGGCCGGCCCAGGAGACAGGCGACAUGGACUGGUCGUACCUUGUGUCUGGAUAUCAGGACGCAGGGGGCUUGCAGGGGUUCGGCAACUUUGGGCCGUUUGGCAAUCCCAUGGGGGGGAUGGGUGGUAUUGGCGGCCCGGGUGGAGCGAACAUGUUUGGAAGCGGAUGA